UGCGUCAUAAUUCAUGGCCGCACUUGUUUUUGAGGCAGCAACGCUGAGUAAUUUGUAGUCACAGGUUUCACUCACCGCUUAAACAGGAUCUGACCCUGUGGGUGAAAGGAAAGGCUGUCUAAUCUUUGUAUCCAAAGGUGUCCAAGGAUGACAGGAGGCUUGAAGGGGCUGCUGCAAUUGUCUCUGUGUCUUGUGGUGUGGACAGUGCCAAUAGAUCGCAACCAAGACCCUCCCCAUGAGGAGAGAGCAGAGGAGAAUGUGGAUACUGGUCUGUACUAUGACCGUUACCUCAGAGAGGUGAUUGAGGUGCUGGAAACUGACCCUCACUUCAGAGAAAAACUCCAGACUGCCAACACAGACGACAUCAAGAAUGGACGCCUCAGCAAGGAGUUGGAUUUGGUGGGCCACCAUGUGAGGACGCGACUGGAUGAGCUGAAGAGGCAAGAGGUCUCACGCCUCCGGAUGUUGCUGAAGGCUAAACUGGACAGCACCAACGCACAGAGUGUUCAGAUGGAUCACGUCUCCUUGUUGAAGCAGUUUGAACAUCUGGACCCUCAUAAUCAGAACACAUUUGAAGCCAAAGACCUGGAGCUGCUUAUCGUAACGGCCACUAAAGAUCUUGAGAAUUACGAUGCGGAGCGUCACGAGGAGUUUAAGCGCUACGAGAUGCUGAAAGAACACGAGAGGAGGGAGUACCUGAAGAGUUUGGACCAGGAGAAGAGAGAGAACGAGGAGAAGAGAAUCGAGGAGCUGAAAGAAAAGCAUCGGCAACACCCUAAAGUUAACGCUCCGGGUAGCGUGAAUCAGUUACGGGAGGUCUGGAAAGAGACAGACGGGCUGGAUCCACAGGAGUUCAAUCCCAAGACAUUCUUUAAUCUCCACGAUACGAAUGGUGACGGUGUGUUGGAUGAACAAGAGCUGGAGGCCCUCUUCACAAAAGAGCUGGAGAAGGUGUAUGAUCCCAAGAAUGAAGAGGAUGACAUGAUGGAGAUGGAGGAGGAGAGGCUGAGGAUGCGAGAACAUGUCAUGCAAAACGUAGAUCUCAAUCAUGAUAGACUGGUCAGCCUGGAAGAGUUCCUCAAAUCUAUGGAGAAGAAAGAGUUUAACAACCCGAAGGAAUGGGAGACACUAGAUGAUACAAUGCCAGUGUACACAGAAGAGGAGCUGCAGCGCUUUGAGGCAGAACUUCGGGAUAGGGAGGUGGAGCUUGGCAGAAGGGUGGAGAAAUUACAACAGGAGCAGGAACUUCUCAAAGAGAGAAGCAAAGCCCUAGAAGCCCAGAAACGAGAAUAUCAGCAGGCAGUAAUGGAGAUGUCACAAAAACAAAAGGAGCAACAGGCACUGAAUAGACAGCCUCCCUCAGGUCCCAAUGGUGAGCUACAGUUUCAACAAGAGAUCCAGAAACUAGCAAAUGAAGACAGUCAAGUGGUGAAAGUCCCAGUCGUUCAGAAUGGAGAUGUUCAAAAUAACCUGCCAGCUGAGCCACCACAGAAUCUGCCACAGCACACCUCCUAACACGCACACAUACACACUUCUACCUGAUUUAAAAUUUCCUAGAACCUGCCUUUGAAUUGCACAGUGCACAUACACAUACAAGCCUAUUGACUUACCCUGUUCUUAUCUUAUUCUCUCAGCAUAACAUAACCAGACCAGAACAACAGUAAUUAACAGUAUACACUCCUCAUACAUACUCAUGGUGUUUUCUGCUUCGUCCGCAACCAAAUAUGCUCAAAUCCCUAAUAGAGUGGCAUCAAUAUAGACCGUUCGCAUGUUCCCUUCUAAAGAAUGGCAAGUUAAUAUUGGAUAUGUGGCUUUGUAUGGUGGUAGUCAGGGUCUUUUAAAUAUUGCUACUUUAGCCCUGGUUUCAAAGUUUACAGCCCUGCUUGCUUUUCGUUGUGUUUCUCGACUGGAAUAAUGUGGUUCUUUUGUGGUUCACAUUAUGUCAGUAAAACCUUAUAAACAAGGCUUUCUGAUGACUCA